AUGCGGAACAUCAUUUGGGCCCUCCUGGGCAUGGGGACUCUGCCCCAAGUUCUGGCGGCCGACAAAUUGAGUACAAGCGGAUUCAACCUGUGCAUGAAGGACUCUGAAAUCAAGGUCAAAAAGCUGGAUGUCACCUACACUCAUUCCUCCAACAAGGUGCUUUUCGACGUGGGUGGAACCAAUGCGAAGGAACAGUAUGUCAAUGCCUCAUUAACGGUCACGGCCUAUGGCAAGGAGGUUUACACCCGGUCCUUCGAUCCAUGUGGUGAUGAGGUCCAUGUGUCUAAACUCUGUCCUGUCCCCAAGGGAACUUUUGGGGCCCAGGGUGAGCUUCCUAUCCCGUCCAAUUAUGCAAGCCAGAUCCCCUCGAUUGCUUUCUCCAUCCCCGAUCUGGAUGGACAGGCCAAGAUGGUUCUCAAAUCGAAGGACGGCAACGACAUUGCCUGUGUUGAAUCCCAAUUAUCCAACGGCAAAUCUGCGAAUGUCAAAGCAGUCACCUAUAUCUCGGCCGGGAUUGCAGCCGCCGCUCUUGCACUGAGUGGCCUAUCCGCUCUUGCCACGGCCGGGCAGACCGGUGCGCCGUCCUCCAGUCCGAGUUUUGGCGAUGUGAUGGGCUGGUUCCAUACCAUGGCCACCAACGGCAUGCUGAGCGUCAGCUACCCUCCGGUCUAUCGCAGCUUCUCCCGAAACUUUGCUUGGAGUACGGGCCUGAUCCCGUGGGCGGACAUGCAGAAAUCUAUCGACAACUUUCGGCAAUCGACGGGCGGCAAUCUGACCGACAACAGCUAUGAAUCACUGCACCAAGCCAGCCAGAGCUCUAGCGGGUCUUCUGCCACGAAACGGGGUUUGAACAUGAUGUUCCAGGUUGCUGACUUGCUCCCCCGGUCGGUUGACACUUCCUCCGAUGCGAGUGUGUCGAGCGGCUCGAGCGACAACGACAGUGGUAGUCAUAAAUUCGUGUCUGGAGUCGAGGAGCUGUCGAAGGAGCUCAUGAUUCCCUCCGCAGACAUUUUUAUGACUGUGCUUCUCAUCUUUGCCAUAGUCAUUGCUGUUGUCGUCGUCGGCAUUCUUCUUUUCAAGGUGAUCCUGGAGGCGUGGGCGCUGUAUGGAAACUUCCCCAAGAAACUCACCAACUUUCGCAAAGACUACUGGGGUUUGAUGGCACGUACCAUCACCAACAUGAUUCUCGUUCUCUACAGUAUCUGGGUGCUGUAUUGUGUCUAUCAGCUUCGGAACGGCGAUUCGUGGGCCGCCAAGCUUCUGGCGGCUGUCACCCUGGUCCUUUUCACAGCCAUCCUCAUCUUCUUUACCGUGCGCAUCUUCAUCAAGGCUCGCAAGUACAAGGAACUUGAAGGGGAUGCCUCGAGCUUGUACGAGAACAAGGAUACUUGGCGCAAGUACAGCCUCUUUUAUGACAACUACAAGAAAGACUUUUGGUGGCUCUUUGUUCCGAUCAUUGUGUACUCGUUUGCCAAGGGGUGCAUCAUCGCCGGAGCGCAGAAUCACGGUCUGGUUCAGAGUGCGGGCCAAUUGAUCGUCGAGGCCCUGCUGCUGACCCUUUUGCUAUGGAACCGCCCCUACGCCACUAAAUCGUGCAUGGGAAUCAACAUUACCAUCCAGAUCGUGCGGGUUCUGUCGGUGGGCUGCGUGUUGGUCUUUGUGGAAGAGCUCGGGCUCUCCCAAACCACCAAGACUGUCACUGGCAUCGCCCUCAUUGUCAUCCAAUCGACUCUCACUGGUGUUCUCGCUAUCCUCAUUGCGGUCAAUGCCAUCAUUGUGUGCUGCCGGGAGAACCCCCACGCCAAGCGCCGCAGAGAAGCUGAAAAAGCAAACCGCGACAUGGACGACCUCACUCCUCUGGACGCACGAGAAUCCCUUCUGAUGGAGCAUCCUCCGAGAAAGGAUUAUGCGGAGAUGAGCAAAUUCAACUUCGCGGCCCCGUACGAAUCGUAUCGGGACCAGUCCAAAGCCCGACCUGGGUCUACCGGCAGCACCGAGCGUCUGGUGCAAGCAGACUAUGGUGUGGCACAUGCCCGGGGCUCGAGUCGAGACAGCCGAAAUAGCCGGGGCCGUAGCCCGUCGCUUGAAGGCCACCACCCCACGAAACCAGGCUAUGGCAUGGCCUAUUAA